GCCCUGAUAAGAUUUUUCAGUCUUGGGACUAUAAAACCGGGGACAAUUCUGCUUUGUAAUCUUUGAAAGUUACUUGUGUGCUUCCAAGUAUAGUCAUCAUGAUUGGUUUACCAUUGGAUGAAAAGAUUACCUCAAGAAGAGUUCCACAUUUUGUGGUUUCAAUUGUCAUAUUAUUGACUAUUUUAUUUGGAACUAACUUAUUCAAUAUUCUUAGAAUCGAAUUAAGUUCUCUGUCAAGUUCAGAAGCUUUAUGUCCAUUAUUUGAACCAAUUGCUCCUGUAUCUUAUCUCAAAGAUAAUUCUACUGUUUUAACUAUUCUUCAUGAUGAAGAUUAUAAGCAAGGCUCAAUUAAAAAAUUAUCUGGUGCUAUUCAAGUUGAUACUCAAAUCUUUGAUAAUCAACCUAAUGUUCCUGAUGCUCCUGAAGUUUGGGCUAAAUUUAAAAAUUUCCAUAAAUAUUUGGAAGAAACUUUCCCAAUUAUUUAUUCUAAUCUUGAAGUAACUAAGGUUAAUACUUACGGUUUAGUUUACCUCUGGAAGGGUUCCAAUGAAGAUUUAAAACCAUUAUUAUUGACUGCCCAUCAAGAUGUUGUACCUGUUCAAAAGGAUACUCUUGAUGAUUGGACUUAUCCUCCAUUUGAAGGUCAUUAUGAUGGUAAGUUUAUUUAUGGUAGAGGUGCUUCAGAUUGUAAGAAUGUAUUGAUUGCUAUUUUAGAAACUGUUGAACUUUUAUUAAAUCAAAAUUAUCAUCCACAAAGAUCUCUUCUCUUAGCCUUUGGAUUUGAUGAAGAAGCCUCUGGUGUUGUUGGUGCUUCUGCCAUUGGUAAAUACUUGGAAGAAACUUAUGGUAAGGACUCACUUUAUGCUAUUAUUGAUGAAGGUCCAGGUUUAGCCAUUGAUGAUUUAACUGGUACCAUUGUGGCUACUCCAGGUACAGGUGAAAAAGGUUACGUAGAUAUUGAAGUUCAAUUAACAACUCCUGGUGGACAUUCAUCUAUCCCACCUGAUCAUACUUCAAUUGGUAUCUUAUCUGAAUUAGCUUAUAUCAUUGAAAAGGAUCCUUACUCUCCAAUCUUAACAACGAAAAACCCAACUUUGAGUUAUUAUCAAUGUUUAGCAUCUCACGAUUCAAAGAAUAAGAUUCCAAGUUUUACUAAGAAAUCAAUUUUAAGAGCCGGUUAUGAUAAGUUUGCUAACUCUAAAGUAAUUCAAUUAGUUCAAAAGAAUAGAUUUACUAAAUACUUAGUUCAAACUUCUCAAGCUAUUGAUAUUAUUGGAGGUGGUGAAAAGGCAAAUGCUUUACCUGAACAUGUCAGAUUAUUAGUUAACCAUAGAGUUGCUAUUGAAUCUAACGUUGAUUCUGUAAAACAACAUUUUGUUGAAAGAGUAAUUCAAGUUGCAAAGAGACACAAUUUAUCUGUCAAAGCAUAUGGCGAAUUAGUUCUUGAUACAAAGGACAAUUCUGGAGUAUUUGAAGUUAAUGUUUUCUCUAGUCCUUUAGAAACUGCUCCAACUACUCCAUUAAAUGAUAAUGUCUGGAAACAUUUAGCUGGUGUAACCAGACAUGUGUUUGAAGAUUUGGUGUACCCUGAUUUGGACUAUCCAAUUAUCACUUCACCAUCUAUUAUGACUGGUAAUACUGAUACAAGACAUUACUGGAAUUUAACCAGAAAUAUCUUUAGAUAUUCUCCAUUCUUUGAUGUCAGUUUCCUCGGUAGUAGUAAUGUCCAUAGUGUUGAUGAAAAAUUACCAUUUGCUGGUCACUUACAAUUGACUGCAUUCUUCUAUGAAUACAUUCAAGCUGUCGAUACUGAAUCGGCUAAUAAUUAAAUAGACUAGUCUAGACUAAAUAAAAUCUAUCUUUAUUAAACAUAGUAGAAUUAAACAUAUAAUUGAAAGAACGCAAUUACAUUCCGCUUUGGGCGCGGAAUACUGCAG